UUUUCAUUUCCCGCUUUUCACAGUAUUCAUUCGGAGCCACUUUUUUCCCAUUCUUUUCACUUUCAGUUUCAAUCUCAACUACUUAUUUUCUUUCAUUAUUACUUCUCAUUUUCUUUUCUUUUUUCCUCAAGUUCUCUUUCGAUAUCGUUGGAGGAGCUUCUGCGCAACAUUCUUAGGUUCAGACUCCACUGCAUUUGCAAAGGAAUUGGGUUCUGUAGGCUUUUGAGUUAAAUUAUGGCUAGUGAUUCUUCUGUAAUCAUCAAUGGAAAUGGCAAUCACAACUCAGAGCCGAAUCCGCAGAGGACUUACCAAGUAGUAGUAAUUGCAACCCGAGAUAUGGGUAUUGCUAAGGAUGGAAAAUUACCCUGGACAUUGCCUAUUGAUCAAAAGUUUUUUGAGGAUAUCACAACAGUGACAUCUGAUCCUGGGAAGAAGAAUGCCGUUGUCAUGGGUAGAAAAUCAUGGGAGGCUAUCCCUCCUGAGAACAGACCUCUCAGGGGCCGUCUUAAUAUUAUUCUAACUCGCUCGGGUAGUUUUGAAAUUGCAACUGCAGAUAAUGUUCUUAUAUGUGGAAGUGUAUCUUCUGCUAUGGAACUGUUGGCUUCUUCUCCUUACUGUCAGUCAAUUGAGAAAGUAUUUCUUACAGGAGGUGCUGAGAUUUUUAGAGAGGCUCUUCAUGCACCUGGAUGCGAAGCCAUUCAUAUUACCGAAAUUGAAGCGAGCAUUGAGUGCGACACUUUUAUGCCCCGAAUUGAUUUCUCUGUAUUUCAUCCAUGGUAUACGUCUUUCCCUUUGGUGGAAAAUGGCAUCCGCUAUUCUUUUAACACUUAUGUGCGUGUAAGGUCUUCAACAGAAGAAUCUCAGGGUCUUAAUACCGAUCCAGUUCUGUAUGAUAAUUCAAACCCUCUAAAAUUUGAGAUCAAGGAUUUUACUUUUCUUCCUAAGAUUAUUUUUGAGAGACAUGAGGAGUACAAGUAUCUUAAAUUAGUUGAGGAAAUCAUUUCUGAAGGCACGGUUAAGGACGAUAGGACGGGGACUGGUACCUUGUCCAAAUUUGGUUCCAAGAUGAGAUUUAAUCUGCGUAGAAGCUUUCCACUUUUAACAACCAAGAGAGUAUUUUGGCGAGGCGUUGUUGAAGAGCUUCUUUGGUUUAUCAGUGGCUCAACAAGUGCCAAGGUGCUGCAGGAAAAAGGCAUUCAUAUAUGGGAUGGCAAUGCAUCCAGGGAAUACCUUGACAGCAUUGGUUUGAAAGAAAGGGAAGAGGCUGACUUAGGACCUGUUUAUGGGUUUCAGUGGAGGCAUUUUGGUGCAAGGUAUACUAACAUGCAUGAUGACUACUCCGGCCAAGGAUUUGAUCAGCUGUUAGAUGUUAUUAACAAGAUAAAACACAAUCCUGAUGAUCGACGUAUCAUCCUCUCAGCAUGGAAUCCAUCCGAUCUUAAAUUAAUGGCACUUCCCCCCUGCCACAUGUUUGCGCAGUUCUAUGUGGCAAAUGGAGAGUUAUCAUGUCAAAUGUAUCAACGAUCUGCUGACAUGGGUCUGGGUGUGCCCUUUAAUAUUGCAUCUUAUGCGCUCUUGACAUACAUGAUUGCUCAUGUUUGUGACCUUGUUCCAGGUGAUUUAAUCCAUGUUAUUGGGGAUGCACAUGUUUACCGCAAUCAUGUGAAGCCUUUGCAGGAACAGCUCCAAAACCUGCCAAAACCUUUUCCGAUAUUGAAGAUAAAUCCAAAGAAGAAAGAUAUAGAUUCUUUUGUGGCUGCUGAUUUCAAGCUCAUAGGCUAUGAUCCUCAUCAGAAGAUAGAAAUGAAGAUGGCUGUUUAGAAAUCUUUGAGAUUCUCAGUCCCUUCUUCAGGCUGUUACACUUUCUUAAACAAGGCAAGUAAUUUGUGUCUUUUAUUUUCCAUGAUUAUUAUUGUAAAGAGAUUUAUAUAAUGUGGUUGAGAUUUGUCACCAGGCUGUUGGAAAAUCAUACAAUAGUUACUUGAGAUUUAUUUUGAAUUAGUUGACAUGGUUGGUAAUGCAAGAUAUAACUAUUCAAAAUUUGAGUAGUUGCCUCUACCUAAGAUUUGUAAAGCAAAUUCAUUAGAGAUAUCCUGUUUCCUGAGUUUCAUAAACACACGCAUAAACAAAUUCAUUAGAGAUUGAAGCUAUAGGUCAAUUCUUUAAUGAUUUAACA